AUGGAUGGUGCAGUAGGUGCACGAGGACAUCAAGACAACAUCCAACACAUUCUAUCGGCCUUGAAAAGGAUUAAUUCCUUUCCUGUGUCGAUCAGUGAAAUGUCUAUCACCGCCGGGUUGACAAAACAGGGAUUGAUGAUCAAUGAUCAUGUCUUCUCGUCUAUCCAGGGAGCUUUCCUCCCUCUUGACCCCAUUGAACUCAAUGCAAUUCAAUUUAUAGCAAAGCAAUAUGGUAUAGAUGGUAUUGAUUUCACGGGUGCAAAUAUUUGUAGUUCACCAUCAUUUACUUGUUUGCCUGUCGGUCAAGCAUCACGUAUACAACAUAUAAAUUUAGAUGUAACAACAUUUAAACCAUUGGGUCAACCCGAUGUCAUAUCGGAAUUCCCAUUUGCAAUGUUAAAGACCUUUAGAUUGAAAGCUGCUAAUCAAGUAGCCAACCCAUCAAUCAAUAUAUUAAAUCUAAUAGUUCAAUUGGAUUAUCUUGUUGAUUUAUCAAUUAUAAAUGAUCCAUCAAUAACUUCAAUACCAAUUAUAUUCCCAAAUGAAAUGUUAAGACUUGAAACAAUCAUUUUUGACAAUUGUACAAAUCUUACUCAUAUCGAUCCAUUCUUUGAUAGUUUAACCGACAUUUUGAGUCUAUCCAUCAAAAGAUGUCCGAUUAAUCGAAUUGUCAUCAACGAGACCACCUCUUUACCAUUUCUAACCACAUUGGAUUUAGAUCUAGUUGAUAGCACCUCUGACUCUAACCCCAGCGGUCCUACUGCGAGUGACAUGUUAAAACUAUCUUUUGGUUUAUCUUCAUUCCCCAAAUUAUCACUAUUGGUAUUAUCAAUGACUGGUAAUGGUAAUCCUCAAGUUAUUCUCAAAUCUGAUCUAUUACUUUUAUCUCAAGUUAAUUUAAUAACAACAGGAACUGGAACUGGUGGAUUUAAACUUGUCCCACAAAACCCAUCAAUCAUUAAAAAUAUAGCAAUCAUAGGAAAUUCAUAUAUAGAGGCGUUUACGGCAAGUUCGUAUACUAGUUUGUUAUCAUUAAAUUAUUUAUCAACUCAAUUGAUAUCUUAUCCAUGGACUAGUGGGUCGUUUACUACCCUAAAACAACUUGGUUUCAAAGAUUCACAAUUCUCUACUAUCCCAUCAACACCAAUCAUUCCAUCAAUGCUUAAUUAUUUGAAUUUUAAAAAUAAUGUUUUAACAACUAUUGAAUGGCAAGCAUUCCAAGGUAUAUUUGGAGAUUCAACGAGUUUGUUUAAUUUAGGAUUGGAUUUAUCAGAUAAUAGUAAUCUUGUUACUACAAUUCCCAAUAGCAUGUGUAAUAAUAUUGGGUUGUUGGAUAUUCGUAAUACUAGUAUCACCGAGUUACCAUCAUGUCUAAUCUGCUAUUUACAAGAUACUGAUCAUAUUCAAACCGAUAUUAUUAUGCCUCCAAACUACUCUUGUGACAUUACAAUCGUUUCAACACUACUAGUACUUGAUAAUAGGGUCGGUAUCAUUCAAGGUAGUUUAUUGGGAUUUGGUAUUAUUAGUGAAUCAUAUAAAACUCUCCCUAUAGUUCCCCAAACUAAAUUAAAGAUAAUUUGGAAUAAUUAUUUAUAUACUGAAAAGACCAAUUAUCAAAUAUCAUUUAGUCAAUAUUAUCCAGAGUAUACUAAAACACUCGAUGUGAUAGAGGCUGCAUGUCCAUAUUUAACAUCAGCUCAAUACGAUCAUGAUAAUCAUUCAAUUAUAUCAUUGUUUGGCAAUUUUGGGUCAUCAUUAUCACACGUUUCAGUACAAUUAAACAAUUCUAUUCCAUGUAAAUUAGAAUCUGUCACUUCGAAGCUAAUUGUUUGUUUACUUUUAGAGCGACCCAAUCUUGGGUUGACAGAUGUAAAGAUUCAGGUAAACAAUAUAGAUUACCUCGCCGUAGCAGCCCUCUGCUUUAAAAACCAUACCCAUCGAACUGAACAACAAUGCUUGGUCAACAAUUGUUAUCAAAGAGGUCACUGUGAGCCAAAUGGUCGUUGUAUUUGUGAUGAUCUAUCUUAUAAUCCUGAUGAUGAUUGUUUAACUAAAUAUGCAAAUAUAACAUUUAAUCCAAAUACAACAGCACCAACAACAUCAUUUGAUAUUGAUGGAGUUGGAUUUCAAUUUGAAAUGGUUGCCAUUCAAGAAUUGGAUAUUGACGAGUCGGUCAUCAACGAAUUAUUUACAAACAGUGGUGAUUGGGAAUCAACUAUUACAACCAAUACUAUUAAUAAUGAUACUGAUACAUUGGUAGUAUAUAAACAUAAUGCUUCUUCUUCUUCUUCAUCAUCUUUAACAUCUCAUAGACGAGGUCAUCGUCAAAUACAUAAUAAUAAUAAUAUUAACAUUACAGCAACACUUUCAUAUUCGACAAGAGAACGUCAAGUUGAAUUUGCAUCACAUACACUUCACCUUCACCCCAACACUGUCAAGAUGACGGUCUAUAUUGAAAAUUGGACCUACGUUUCAUCAGUCAGUACACUGAGGGCUGUUUUUAGAACAAGAUUAAAUAGUCAGAGUCAAUUGAUUGACAUUGGAUGUGACCAACCAAUGGAAAUCACACCACUCCAAUUUGGAAGUCUAUCGUCAUCACUGCAAUAUCUUCGUGUCGUCAAAGACUCUGUACAGUUUAAUAGUAGAUUUGUAGACUAUGUAGUAUCUGAUGGCAAAACAACAUUCUCCAAAACAAUUAUCAUCAAUCAAACUACUGUCGAGGGUAGCCCGGACCAACUAUCGACACUCAUCGGUAUUAAUCUACCUCAAUGUGCAUCAUGUGUGAUCGAUCCCGAUUUCACUCCACUGACUAUCGACAAUCAUGCCAUCUCUUGUGGUCGUAAUUCUCAAGUACCCGAUACAUGGAAGAUUGUAGUAGGAUGUGUAGUUGGUGGUGUAGCAGCCGUUGCUGCUGCCAUUGGAGGUAUCUUUUUAUGGAAAACUAAAAAACAACAAAAGAAUACAAUUGAUAGUGGAAAUAUGAAAUUAAAAGAAUUACAAUAUUAA